AAUACAAUCGUGCUGAGGCACUUGAUGCCUGUGUUAAUACACUCCAUGUCAACAGGAAGGUGGCAGAUAAAUAAAAUAUCUGCACUAAGAGGGCUCCUGUUUUAUCAGAAAAAAUCUGCACGUGAUAUGGUAUUGGUUGUUUAAAAUACGUUCUUCAAAAACGGAGUGACCAACUGGCCCAGAAUAAAACGUCGAUGUCUUGCUGGGUGCUUCUCGGUCCAGUGGAAACCUACAUUCGUUAUGUGGGCCGUUACAUGGCUUUGUGUUGUGGAUACUUUGUGUUCUGAGAUAACGUGUUUGCACACCAGUUUGAAACUUGCGCAUUUACACCAAGUUGAUACAUGUGUAUUUACAAACCAAUUUGCAACUUGUUUGUUGACCCACUAAGUUGAACUUGUGUGUUUGGCACCAAACAGAAUCAGUGCGUCUAACAUUAGCGUGAAAUUGGAGAGAAACGGAAAUAAACAAAUUCCUGAACACAUGUUUUGUGUGCCCUAGACUUGUGAAUAUGUGUGCUUUUACAAUAGAAUCACAUCACAUAAUAUCGUAACAAAGACAUUUAACUUGAUAUAACGUGAAGUUACAUUUUCAUUUUCUUCAACACUGUGAUUUUCACAAAACUACUGUGGUCUACACAUCAUAAAAUGGGAGCUUUAGUCAGUUCCAUGGAACAUUUAGGCACACUUCCGGAAUGCCUGAAACAUUUAUCGGAAGCCGCGCCAGAAAAAGAACUGUUCGUGUUCUACAGUGAAGACGGUCGACGUGUCUUGACAGCGCUGGAAGUCUAUCAGAUGUCUGGACGGUUCGCCAACAGACUCAAACAGGAAGGUUUCCAGCGUCAUGAUGUCGUCUGCAACACACUGCCCAACUCUCCAGAGCGGGUCAUCACUGACCUUGGCAUUCUGUUUGCUGGGUGUACGCCCAUGAAUGCUCAUGCCCUACUUGCCGACGGCUCUGAUUUGUUCCAUGUCCUGAAAGUGAGCAAAUGUCGAGCAGUGAUUGUGUCUGACGAGGCCAACUCUAACGCCCACAAAGUCCUGCAGCCUUUCUACAAGAGCGACUCUACGCAGUCCUUUGUUGAGCUUCGACAUGAGCACCUACCAUCUCUGUCAACAGCCGUCGUCGUGUCUCGCCGGUCAACGCCACCAUUUCUGGCACUCAUGAGCUCACCUGAGCUAGAAAUCUUCAGUGAGACCCUCGAGCCGUCAGACCUGGCCUACGUGUUCUGUACUUCCGGUACCACCGGCUUCUCCAAGUUGGUGCCUAGAACUCACCACGAGUUUCUCAGCUGGACGCGCAUGUUUCUUGACAGUUUGUUUCCGGGUCAGCGGGUCGCUCACCCGCGUGACGUCACAACUACAAUUUUCGAUGACAGACUUCUAGGCUGGAUUGGAGGGAUCCCACUGGUGACCCUGUGUAACGGUGUGACCCGUGUGCUGAUGGACGUGUACGCCGGACCCACCCGGGUCACGGACAAGUGGGACGCCUGCCUCAGGGAGAAGUGUCUGUCCGUCAACCUCAUGCCCAGGGACGCGGAGGUCAUGGUCAGUCACGCUACCACACAGGGCACCUUGAACCAGGACGUUGUCAUAGCAACGGCAGGACAACCCCUGACCCAGGCACAGAUUAAGAAACUUUUGUGUUUGUCUAAAAAGGUUUUCGUAACCUACGCUUCGACUGAAACGGGUACCAUGUCAACAGGUGCUGUUAGUGACAGCACAUUUGAAAACUUCUACUGCGGAAAGGUGAGCCCACACCUGUCGUUAAAGAUUGUCAACGAGGCAGGUGAAGUCUGCGAGCCUGGGACUUUUGGAAGUAUUCACGUAAAAGGGCCCUUUGUGAUGAAAAAAUAUUUCAACCAGUGUGAUGACCCUGACCCCAGUACAGUCCAGGCGUUCACGCCGGAUGGUUGGUUUAUCACUGGGGAUUAUGGGAGCUUGGACGCUGAGGGGAACCUCUACGUCAUGGGCAGGAACCGUGACGUCAUCAUGCAUGGAACCUACUUCGUCUACCCGGGUUGGAUAGAGAAGAAAAUUCUAGAACACAGUGAAGUGAUCGAUGUGUGUGUUGUACCGGUCUCAGAUCCCAAUACCCAUCACAGAAUUUGCGCCUGUAUCAAACUUAGUACCGGAAGUCAACUGACGGAAAGUGACGUCAUAAAACACCUGAAGCAAGCAUUUUUGACGGUAGAUGAUGCGUUGUCACCAGUGCCUGAAUACGUCAUGAUAUUUCAAGACGACUUUCCGCUGACACACUCUGGUAAAGCCCACAGAGAGAAGAUCAGACAGAUGGCAGAAGAGAAAUAUGGCCGCCCAUCUUCAUGAACAUUUUCCCACGUUACAUGUUGCACAUAUUCCAUAUUGAACUUGUUGGCUACAGUGUUUGUUUCAG